AUGUCGUCUUACCUAUCCAACUACCUCGCAACGCACUACCUCGUCGCAGACCCCAAACCCAGCAAAAAGCGCAAGCGCAAACAAGACGCGACAUCCGGUCUCGUCAUAGCCGACGAGUCCGAAGAAUCGAACUGGGCGCGGGCCUCACAGGCCCAAAACGACGACGACGCCGCCGUCGUAGCAGGAACCAGCACCGACUUCCGCAAAUCCAAAAAGUCCGCGUGGAAAGUCGUCGGCGGCUCCGCCCCUAACCAACAACCCAGCACAACAGCCGAAGACGCAGACUCCGCCCAACGCGCCGACGCAAUCCUCGCCUCCGCGGCCCUCGAAGCAAGCACCGCGCAAGCCUCCGCCUCCGCCUCCGACGCCCCCACAGUCCUCAUGUCCGACGGCACACACGCAGGCCUGCAAACCGCGUCGGCAGUAGCCACGCAACUAUCCCUUCGCCGCCAAGCCGAACGGAGCACCUUCCCCUCCUCUCACAAAGAAGCGGAGACAGUCUACCGGGACGCGACGGGGCGGCGGGUAGACGUGUCGAUGAAGCGGGCGGAGCUGCGCAAGGCAGCGCAGGAGGCGGCGAGGGCGGAGGAAGCGAAGAAGGAGGCGAUGAGGGGGGAUGUGCAGAUCGAGGCGAGCCGGCGGAGGAGGGAGGAGCUGGAAGAUGCGAAGGUGAUGGCGGUGGCGCGACAUGCGGAUGAUUUGGAUUUGAACCGGGAGAUGAAGGAUGCGGUGCGGUGGGGGGAUACCAUGGCGCAGUUUAUAGAGCCGCGGAGCGGUGGGGGAGGUGGUGGAGGAGGGGGGGGGAGUGGGAAGGGGGAGAAGAGGAUGAAGGGGAAACCGGUGUAUAAAGGGGCGUGGACGCCGAAUCGGUAUGGGAUUAAGCCGGGGUAUCGGUGGGAUGGGGUUGAUAGGGGGAAUGGGUUUGAGGGGGAGAGGUUCAAGGCGAUUAAUAGGCGUGAGAGGAAUAAGGGGUUGGAGUACUCGUGGCAGAUGGACGAGUAA